AUGGCCAUUGGGGUCACAGUUACCAUUGAGAGGGCCCCUGACGGACGCGGCAGUCCUUGGAAAUGCCCUUCUGGGGCUCUACCGCCCAUGGAAGCGCCCCUGGGAGAGACCCUGCGGGCACCACUGCCCCUGGAAGGGCCUCUAGGAGAGCCUCCGCCCUCCCGAGGAGGAGUGGCGCCUCCCCUAGAGGCCAGUCCAGGGGCUCUCCUUAAGGGCAGUGGCCCUGCAGGGGCCCUGCCAGGGGCAGCAGCGCCCCCAAGGGCCCUCAAAGGGGCAAAUGGGCCACCAAGAGCCCUGCAAGAGGCCCUGCCAGGGACAGCUGAGGUCCUCCCAGAGGCAGCAGCACACCCAGGGGACCUUCCAGAUGCGGAGGCACCCCUAAAGGCCCUUACAGGGGCGGUAAUGCCCCUAAGCGGCCUUCCCAAGUGCGGCUGUGCCCUCAAUGAUCUUUCUUUGGGUUGGUGGUGCCAGUAG